CCGUCGGAGCACGAGUCAGCGCUGGCCGUUGAUUGGUCCGCCGUGACCCGCCAGCUGGCAAGAGAGGGCGGCGUGGCGCUCAAAUUGCCCGUGGGGGAAGCCGCCGCAGGGGGGCGGGCGGAAGCGGCGCGGGUGGAAGGGGAGCCGGGGGAGGGGUGGCGGGGAGUGUUAUCCGAGGGGGAAGCGGGGGAGUCGGAUUUGGAGGGGUGCUUGGAGGAGGACGGGGAGGGGGAGGGGGGUGAGGACGUGGUUUCGCAGGUGUUGGAAGCGGUGCGAGUGGUGGCAGCGCUGGUGGCGACAGGGCACAGAGUGGCGAUUGUCAGCUGCUCGCCUCACUCCGCCAGUGCCCUUGUUGCUCUAGGCUACACGACGUUUGUGAAGGGAGCGGACGUGAGCACUGCUCUGGCGGACAUGUGCCGGGCAUGCCCGGCUGCUGACCCGCCCAUGCGCGUGUGGAAGAAGGCUCACGCGCAGCUAGCAGGCAGCAACAUGAGGCGUCUCACAGACCUUGCAGCGGAGGAGCUUCAAACGAGGAUAGCAAAUGGCGUGCCUGGGUCCAGUGCCAAUGACUGGCAGGUGGCAGAGCGUAAGCUGGUGGCAGAGGGCUUCCAGCGCAUGGUGGCUGCUGACGUGGCACUCUCUGACGCCAUCUCCAAGGCGGCCAUUCGCAGGGCUGCACGGGCAGCAGAGAAGCAGAUGGAUGAUGUCGAGCUCACCUCGUCUGACCGCAUUGCUCUACUCAAGGCUCACAUCUCUCGUCUCGAAGAGAAGCAGCAAGCCGCAGACCAGGCCGCCCGGGCGGCGGAGGAUCGGAUCUCCUUCUUCCUGCGCCAGCUCAACGCACUACAGGACAAACAUGCCGCAGCGCAGAAGGAAGCAGUUGCUGCCACCCAGUUGGCAAGUCAACUCGCCGGCCAGUUACAAUCCCUGCAAGCGAGAGAAGGUUCCUCUGCACCUUCCUCUUUGGCCGCAGCCCAAGCCGCAGCUCUAGGUUCGGCAGCCACCGAAGCUGACCGGGUGGCAGCUCUGGAAGCAGAGGUCCGGGAGAGGCGUGAGCGGGAGCAGGAGCUCCAAGCGGCGCAGCAGCAGGCAGAGCAGCGGGCGGCGUCGGCUCGGCAGCUUCUGCUCACUCUGGAAAAAGACCUGGCGAGGGUCACAGAGGGGGAGGCAGCAGCAAAAGAAGCAGCAGCAGAGGCAAAAGAGCGAGUAGGGUUCCUGUCAGGUGUGGUUCGCGAACUAGAAGGCAGAGAGAGGGAUGCGAGGAGAGAGGCUGAGAGGGCGAAUGAGGCUUUGGAGGUGGUAGCAGCAAGGGAGAGAGCAGCACAGGUUCGAGUGCAGGAGCUUUCUCUACAGGUGGAGCAGCUUGAAAAAGAGCUUUCUGCUGCCCAGGAAGCUUCCAGAAUCGCGCACGGGCGGUGCGAUUUCUUUGCCCGGCUUGUAGAUGUUCUGAGGGAGAGGGAGCAGGCGGCGGUUGAGGCGGCCAAACGGGCCAAUCAGGCGCUGACAGGUGUCGCGCGGGAGCUGGAGGAGGUGAAGGGGAGGGAGAGGAGGGAGAGGGAGGUGUGGAAAGGUGCAGUAGCGCGGUCUGAAGCGGUGAUGGCGGAGUUGGGAGCUACUAAGAGGAUGCAGAGGGAGGCUAGGGAGAGGAGGGAAGCUGCUGAGAAGCUUCUUGCGAAGCUCGAGUCGGCGGGAGGGAGCGGGGAGGAAGGUUCGAGGAAGCUUCUGCUUCAGGCCCGGGCGGCGGUGGCCGACGCGCUGGAGAACGAGACGAGCCUCGCUGGGCUUGUCGUUGCGCUAGCUGACAAGCUGACUGAGGCGGCUGCCGCCCGCACGGCCCAGCGGGAGCGUUUGGCGUUUCUGGAGCGACAGGUGGCGGAGGGGAGGGAGAGAGAGCGGGCGGCGGAAGCGGCUGUGGCGGCGGCCAUGGGCGGGCAGGAGGAGCUUCGGAGGCAGGUGGACGAGGUGGCUCGGAAAGAGGCCGAGGCUCGGGAGGAGGUUCGGGUGCUAUCGUGCAAAGUGGAGAGCCUGUCAGCUCAGUCCACUGUAGCGGAGGAGGUGGAGGGCUCUCUUGCCGUUCUCCGAACCCAGGUGGCGUUCCUCCAAUCAGAGCUCGCCAGCGCGACACAGGAAGCCACGUCAGCCACCCAGCGCUCCACCUUGCUCCUUCACCAGCUCAACCUUCUGCGAUCCGGUGCCAGCAGUGAUGGCAGCGCGGGACAGGUGGCAGGUUCUGAUUCGUUGGACGAGGUUGCAGGGGAGGAGGAGACGGUUAGGAGGUUGGAGGAAGAGCUUUCGGCUGCCCGUGGGGCAGCGGAAUCAGCCAAUCAGAGGGUGUUUUUGCUGCAGGGGCAGGUGAAGGAGUUGCAGAAGAAAGAGGGCGUGGCCCAAGCGCUGCUUGGUCGGGCGGAGGAAAAGAUGUCGGCGCUGUUCGGGCAGCUUGCGGCUGCCCGGGACAAGGACUCGACAAGCCUCCGAGCUCUCGCCAAGGCUAGGUCAGAGGUUCGGCAGAUGGCUUGGCAAGUGGCUCGGCUGGAGGAGCAGCUACAGGCUCGGGGAAACACUGCAGGAGGGGUAGGGUUGGCAACAUCGGGAAGAGGGGAGGGGUGGGGAUUGGCAGGGUUGCUGGAUGGUUUAAGCGCGGGCACCCUGAAGCUGCUUGGCCUAGCAGGAGUGGGCGGCUUCGGAGGGGCGGCAGGGGUGGACGGCGGACAGAAGGAGCCGAAUGCUGCCAGGCUGGCAGCUGAGCUGUCGCGAGGAGCUGCUGCUCUGCAGUCCAGGGUGAAGAAGCAUGUGUCUCGGCUGGGCAAGAAUGCAGCAGCAGUGGACGCGGCGGCACUGACAUCGUUAUCAGAUCAGCCCAUAGAGGAGCAUUUCUCAGAGGAGGAGGAGAAGCUUCUCGCCUCAGCGUCGUGUCUGCGGGAAGCCGUGGUGGCAAUAGAUGCCAAACGCCGUGAGCUGGGAGCGGCACCUCUUGCCGCCCGGGUUCCGUCCGCUACCCGGACGGCAGCGCCGCCUGCUACAGUACCCGGAGCUUCAGCCGCCCAUGUUUCAGGCCCAGCACCCGCUGCAGCCACAGCAGCAGCAGCUGCACCUGUUGUGCCAUCCCCUGCAGCCACAGCCACAGCAGCAACUGCAGCAGCAGCUGGUGCUGCUGUACCUGUUAUACCGUCAUCCGCCGCCGCUGCCGCCGCCGCAGCAGCAGCAGGCACUGCAGCAGUAGAAGCUGGAGCUAUUGACUCAGGGAAUCAGCAGCAGGAGCAGCAGCAGCAGCAGGCGGAGGUGAAUGGAGAGCACACCAAGAAAGUAGGCACUCACACAGAAGAAACAGAUGAAUGGCAAGAGGAGAACAGCAACGAUGCAGCAGCUGCAGCCACACUCGCAUCUUCCUCCUCUGCCGCAAACCCCUCCACUCCCCCGGCCUCUCUCCCCCCCUCUUCCAACUCCCCCUCCUCUGUUCCCCCGGCUUCUCUCCCCCCCUCUUCCAACUCCCCCUCCUCUGUUCCCCCGGCUUCUCUCUCCCCCGCCACUGACAACCCCGCUACAUCAACCCAGCAGGCCCCCCCCUCACCGCCAGGGCGCUUCUCCUCCCUCACUGCUCUCUUCGCCAAGGCAGCAGCAGCAGUGGGCCUCAGCGCCCUCCUCUUCAUGCCCCUGGCCCUCGGCUCGCACAGUAACGAGUCACCUCUUAUCGAGUCGCUCCAGCAGGAGCAGCAGCAGUCUGUCGACGUAACCAGGCCACUGACCCAGCAGCAGGCAGUGCAACCAGUCUUGCUACAGCAGCAGCAGUUUGAGUCCCUGCCAUCGCUGCAGCUGUAUAACCCCUCCAUGCAGGCAUCAUCAUUGCAAGCAGCUUCUGUACAAGCAGCUUCACUGCAGCAGCCCACCCAGCCAGCAGCACUGCAGCUGUUCUUUGACCCGCUCACGCUCAAGCCGGUGCAGGCUGCAGGCACCGGGGAGGCUUAUGAGGGGCCCUCUGCUCUGAUCCCACUACCAGUGCUCAAGGAAGCAGAGAAAGAAGUCUUGAAUCUGAUUGGCCAGUACACAACCGUGGCUAGGGAAAUGAAGGGACUGGCUGGAGUGGUUGCUCCGGAUGCUUCCCCAGAAGAUAGGAUCCAGGCUGCGUUUUUAUUCUGCCGCCAGCUGGCGUCGCCGCCGUCCACGUCAGCAGCUGCAUUGUCUAGAGCUGGUGGUGAUGGUGUGGAAAAUGCCACUUCAAUGAGUCGCAAUUUCUGUGCAUCUAUGGGGUUGUGA